AUGGCGAACGUUCUGCAGAAAAUAGCGGAGAUCGAAGCGGAGAUGGCCCGAACACAGCGGAACAAGGCGACGAUGGGUCAUUUGGGACUUCUGAAGGCCCGUUUGGCAAAACUGCGACGGGAGCUUAUUAUGCCUAAGAGCGGAGGCGGUGGCGCGGGCGAGGGUUUUGAUGUGGCGAAAACCGGAGACGCCCGAAUAGGCUUUGUUGGCUUUCCUUCCGUCGGCAAGUCGACUCUCCUGACCAAUCUCGCUGGAGUCUACUCCGAAGUCGCAGAAUACGAGUUCACAACUUUGACUACGGUGCCUGGCGUUGUUCGUUACAAAGGGGCCAAAAUCCAGUUGCUCGAUUUACCGGGUAUUAUCGAAGGAGCGAAGGACGGCAAGGGUAGAGGUCGUCAGGUGAUCGCUGUAGCGCGCACCUGCAACCUGAUUCUUAUUAUUUUGGACGUGUUGAAGCCGCUUGUUCACAAGCGCAUAAUCGAACGGGAACUGGAGGGAUUCGGUAUUCGGCUGAACAAGAAACCUCCGAACAUCUACUUUAAGAAGAAAGACAAAGGUGGUGUGAAUUUAAGCACAAUGGUCCCUCAAUCAGAACUGGAUCUGGAAACAGUGAAGACGAUCCUUGCAGAGUACCGCAUCCACAAUGCAGAUUUAACUUUGAAAUACGAUGCCCCAACCGAAGAUCUGAUUGACGUCAUCGAGGGAAACCGAGUGUAUAUACCGUGCAUCUACGUACUGAACAAGAUCGACCAGAUUUCCAUUCAGGAGUUGGACAUCAUCUAUAGGAUUCCCCACUGUGUUCCCAUAUCUGCUCAUCAUAAGUGGAAUUUCGACGACCUUCUGGAUAAAAUGUGGAUUUACCUCAGUUUGAUACGCAUUUAUACAAAGCCGAAGGGCCAACUUCCUGACUACAACGCUCCAAUCGUUCUACCGUAUGAAAAAAGAACUGUAGAAGACCUCUGCAUUAAGAUCCAUAAAAGUCUCGCUAAGGAGUUCAAAUAG